AUGCCGCGCGUCGACGUCCCACGCCGCGUCCUCGCGUCGCCACCGCGCGCGCGACGGCCUCGACGCCGCACGCGCGGGCGAGCGCGCGCGGGCGACGCGCGUGCGGGGACAAAAGCGCAUUCGCCGCCGCCACCGCUUCGAGACGUCGUCUUCGUGCUCUGUCGCCCCGAGGGCGCGAUUAACGUCGGCACGGCGUCGCGCGCGAUGCACAACUUCGGCGCGAACGACUUACGGCUCGUCGACCCGCGAUGCGUGGACGCGGGCGGGAGAAUCGACGCCGAGGCGAGAAUGUUCGCGGCGCGCGGCCUCGACGCGGUGCUCGAGCGGGACGGACGGACGACGACGACGACGAGCGUCAGCGCGGCGACGAUGGACGCCACGCUCGUCGUCGCGACGUGCCCGAGACCGCGAGAGAACGUACCCGUGGUGAGCCUAAGGGAAGGGGCGAGACGGGUGGCGGAGGAGGUGGCGCGCGGCGGACGGGUCGCGGUGUUAUUCGGGACGGAGAAGAGCGGAUUGUCGAACGACGAGAUGGAACACGCCCAGUUCGCGGUGUGCGUGCCCACGGCGGCGAACGUGAACGCGCGCGGGUUCACAAAGUACACGGGGGGCGCGUCCGGCGGCGAGACGGAUACGUCGUCCAUGUCGCUGAAUCUCGGAAUGGCGGUCGGUAUCGUGGCGUAUGAGUUAUUCAUGGCGAUCACGGACGUUCGCGGCGACGAGGUUUCCGUUCGCGGGUUUGCGUCGCACCGAAUGACGACGGCGGAGCGAGAGCGACUGAUCGACGACGUCGUCGCCGCGCGCCGGGCGCUCGAUAUCUUCCCGGACGAAGACGACGAAGAGGAUCGCAUAUUCGCAAAGAAAGAGCGGCGCGCGAUCACGUCGGUGUUCACCUCGGGCCCGAUCCCGACCAAGGACGCGACGCCACUCUUCAUGCUCGCUCGACGAGCGAGAGCGUUUUCUGAGCUCGCAAACGCGACCGCCCUCGUCGAGCGCCAAACCCGCACCUUCGUGCGGAACGAUCCCAGGAAACCCGUGAGCACGAAAGCUUUGAACGCACACAUUCGCGACACGCUCGGUAUAUCGCUCACCAGGCGCGAGAUCGAGCGCGCCAUCGAACGCGUCGCCGAAGACGUCUGA